AGUACUACUGUGGGUAAAAAUUCUUAAUUCAUCGGAAUAUUUUUUCUGUGGAUUAGACUGUCAGUGACAUCUAUGCCAUUACUGUUUAGUAUACGUCUGUCUUUCUGAAGUAUUAAAUGUGCAAUCGGCGAUUUUUACAAUGAGUGAAAUUAUUCAACAUGGAAGUUCUAUUGAAUUUUGUAUACGGAUAAAUAUUAUUUCGGUCAGAAGGUGAACCAUUUCCAGCAAAAGCGUUCGACAAGAUGAAUCAUCAAAUAACAAUCUCAAAGAUCUCCACAGCAUAGGAAAACCUCUCUGCUCGUUCGCAGCUGUCCGAACCUAAACCUAGUGGCUUUGAGCCACAUACGGAUCAUCCGGUUCACGCCGAGACUGGCCGAAAAUAGGAUGGAGUCAAAUCUGUCAUCUAUCCUGCUAGAAUCAUUCUAUGUCAGCAAUGUUUCGGUGUCGGAAAAUAACACGACAGAUUCCUUACCCGGGGCAAUUGUUGCUCCGACCCAAACGUCACACAUACUGGGACAUUCCGUUUCACCCUUUUCGGUGGCAUCUUUUCCCAGCAACAUCAUGGGGGAGAAUGUGUCCCAGUUCCACCAGCUGCUCCCGCUGGCUACCUUCCUUCCAACGCUGUCGACGGCGGUCACGGAUAUUAUCGAAACAAACAUGCAGGCGUCGAACGCAACCCUGCCGGUAGAAUACUGCGACCUGAUGAAUAUCACCUAUGGCCCCGAUGGCACUAGCAGCACCCAUCCGGGGAUCAUCUGUCUGUCCCAUGCACCGGCACUGUCGAAGUCCAGUGUGAUCCGUGUGAUUGUCCUGUCAGCGAUGGCAAUGGUGUCAUUGCUAGGCAAUAUUGCCACCAUGUGCAGCAUCCAGAAAGACCGCAAAUCCCGGCGUUUGGCCAGGCACAACUGGAGUGCAAUUUAUUCACUCAUCUUUCAUCUUUCCAUAGCCGACCUGCUGGUGACCGGGUUCUGUAUGAUUGGCGAAGCGGCCUGGAGCUACACGGUCGAAUGGAUGGCCGGGAUGGUGGCCUGUAAGCUGUUCAAGCUACUUCAAAUGUUCAGCCUGUACCUGUCCACCUACGUGCUGGUGCUGGUCGGCGUUGAUCGCUGGGUCGCUGUCAAAUAUCCAAUGAAGUCAUUAAACACGGCACGCCGCUGCCAUCGGUACCUACUCGGGGCCUACACGGUUUCGUUUCUGCUGAGCAUUCCACAGUGGAUGAUUUUCCGGGUGGCGAAAGGUCCUUUUCUGGAGGACUUUUACCAGUGCGUGACGCACGGCUUCUACACCGAUCGGUGGCAGGAACAGCUGUACACCACUUUCACCUUAGUGUUUAUGUUCAUCAUUCCACUGCUGAUACUGAUCGGCACGUACUUAUCGACUUUUAGGACUAUAUCAAGUAGUGAAAAGAUCUUUCGGAUCGAAACGACGGCCAUGGAUCGGUCGUACUACCGCCGGUCGGACACAAACCGGCAACGGCUAAUACACAAAGCCAAAAUGAAAUCCCUCCGGAUAUCGGUGGUGAUUGUGGUGGUCUUCAUCGUCUGCUGGACGCCCUACUACAUCAUGAUGUUGAUAUUUAUGUUCCUUAAUCCGACCGAACGGCUCGGCGAGGACCUACAGGCGGGCAUAUUUUUCUUCGGGAUGUCCAACAGCCUCAUUAAUCCGCUAAUAUAUGGCGCUUUUCAUCUCAUCCCGAUCCGAAGGAGACACAAUCAGUACAAUCAACAUGUAAGGGAGGGAUCGGCCUAUUUUCAACGAUCAUCUACCUGCAACCACCAGAAUGGAAACAACACUUUGCAGCAGUUGCAGCCUCAGCCCCAGCAGCAACGAAACACUCGUCUUACCGUCAAUAACAAAUUGUCAAAUUCACACUCGAACCUGGCGGAGGAAAUUUCCCUCAUGUCGCUGGAGAAGGAUCUCAAGUGUCUGGACGAAAACGUCAACCAGAUUCAUGUCAAAGGCAGCUCGACCAGCAAACGCAGCCUGGCCCAAAAGUUCUAUUCGCUGACUCUGCUGAUACACCGGUCGAGGCCUACGAAGCUAUAGAAAUGAUCGAGCGAAAUCGUAAUCACCGCCAACCGUUGUAAAUUAUAAGUCCAUUCUUCCUAAUGACUACUAAGUGUUGUUUGUGGUUUGACCGAGAGUUUGAGCUACUGAUGUAUUUUAUGUACACCUGCAUAACAUUGUUAAGGCUAAUUAUUCAGAAGAAGAAAUACAAAAACAAAAAUCCAUGACUCAGUGAUGCUCAAAUAUAUGGCCACGGAGAACAAGUGAUAAACGAGAAAUUAUCUAUUAUACGAUAUAUGAACCUUCAUUAUAUUUCGCAUCUGUCA